CGAAGCGUGGGUGCUGAGGUAACACGGCUUGCUUAUAACCACCAAGCUUGCACAAAAAUGGGCGCCCUUCAUGCUCUCUUUCUACGGCAUCUGUGCCUGCCUCGUAGUCGCAGCUACUAGCGUGCUACUACGGCUUAGCCGUCUUCGCCGUCUGUCGCCCCUCCGGCGGCUACCUUUACCUCCUGGUCCGCCCUCGUCUUGGACAGGAAGCAUUGGCCUACCUCGAGCCUAUCCGUGGAUCACAUACCAUCAGUGGAGGAAGACGUAUGGCGAUGUCAUCUACAUCAACAAGCUCGCCAACCCGAUCAUUAUUCUCAAUUCGCUAGAUGCUAUCCGCGACCUAUUUGAGAAGAGGAGCGGAAGCUAUUCUAGCCGCCCUACCAGAACCAUGAUGCAGCUAUGCGGCUUCGAUUGGCUCUUUUCUUCCAUGAAAUACGGGAAUUACCACAAGCGCCAUAGAAAUAUGUUCCAAAGGCAUUUCCCCACUACCGGCGUUAAUGAGGAGUAUCAAGCUCUCCAGCUUCGUCAGACACACGUCUUCCUUCGAAAUAUGCUUUAUCGGCCAGAGGAUUUCUAUUAUCAAGUUCGCAGGACUGCGACGGCCAUUAUCCUGGAGAUUACAUACGGACAAGAAGUCGCAGAGACGGGCGACCAUUACGUUGGCCUGGCGGACGACGCUCUUCAGGGCGUAUCGCAGGCUGGUAUCUUCGGGUCCUUCUUUGUCGACUAUCUUCCAUGGCUGAAGUACGUCCCUGCGUGGUUCCCUGGGGCAUCGUGGCAGCGUAAAGCGCAGCGGUGGCGGUCGAAGUCGCAAGAGAUGGUCAGAUAUCCGUACGAAAAGUUACUUCAGCGUCUGAACGAAGGCACCGCGACGCCUUGUCUCGUCACCCAGGAGCUCGACUAUCAGGCGAAGAAUGGCGCUUCCGAGCGGGAAGACGAGCGUAUCAUCAAGAACGUCGCGGCGACGACAUAUGCUGGUGGCUCAGAUACGGUGGUGUCGGCUAUGCGCUCCUUUUUCCUGGCGAUGGCUUUGCACCCGGAUGUCCAGAAGAAAGCGCAAAGCGACCUUGACAGCGUCUGUACUGGGCGAUUGCCCUUGUUCUCAGAUAGGACAGAGCUGCCAUAUAUCGACUGCGUCUGUUACGAGCUUCUUCGCUGGCAACCAGUGACGCCGCUUGGCCUGGCGCGCGUUAUCGAACACGAAGACGAGUACAGAGGAUAUCGUAUACCCAAGGGUGCAACGAUCAUCCCCAACGUCUGGUCCAUCCUACAUGACGAAGAACGCUACCCUGAUCCCAUGGCGUUCAAGCCAGAGCGCUUCGAAGGGAAGAGCAAGAAGGACGUAGGUCAAAACGAGCUCCCGGAGAUGGCUUUUGGCUUCGGGCGAAGGAUAUGUCCGGGUCGCUAUCUCGCCUUCGACACCCUGUGGAUCUUCGUCGCAUCGACGCUAGCUGUAUAUGAUAUCCACAAGGCCGUCGAUAAGCAGGGGAAGGUCAUCGAACCGCAGGUCGUAUACGAGUCUACUUUGCUAUCGCAUCCGUUGCCGUUUCCUUGCGACAUAGUCCCGCGAUCAGCGGUCGUUGAAGCUCUGAUCAGGAGUACAGCGGACGAGAGUUGACAAUGUUUCACGAGAAUAUAUGUAUGGUGAAUGCUCUACGUGAUCCAUGCAGUGAAUUACUUGUGACUUUGGUUUUGGUCA